AGAGUAGAACAGUUUUUGUGUCAGGCUGUGUCGUCUCUGUCAAAGUAUGGUCAACGUGUUUCUUCUUUGACAUUUGCAACCUUUCUCUUUUUCCUUCUUGUUGUUACCGAAACAAGGUAAAGGAAAUCUUCAGUUUUAAGGUCAUUUGCCGUGAAAUUUAGAAUAAAAUCAGCAAUCCCCUCUAUCACACUUUGUGUAUCACCAUAUCAACGCAGCGGAAAUGGCAUCAUGGGAAGAAAAACAACAAAUGAUAACGCGAAAUCUCCAGGAAACCCUCGGAACGGACAAACUAACUUCAAUUCUGAAAGAAAAUCGUGAUUUGAAGAUAUACUGGGGAACGGCCACUACCGGCAAACCCCAUGUGGCCUACUUUGUGCCCAUGUCCAAAAUUGCCGACUUUUUACGUGCCGGAUGCGAGGUGACGAUAUUGUUCGCCGAUUUGCACGCUUAUCUCGACAAUAUGAAAGCGCCAUGGUCAUUAUUAGAGCUGCGUACGCAAUAUUAUGAAGCAGCGAUCAAAGCAAUGUUACGUUCCAUCGAUGUUCCUAUUGAGAAAUUGAAAUUUGUCAAGGGCACCGACUAUCAAUUGUCCAAAGAAUAUACUCUUGAUGUGUACAAGCUGACGUCUGUUGUAACACAGCACGAUGCGAAGAAAGCUGGAGCCGAAGUAGUUAAACAAGUCGAGUAUCCGUUGCUAUCGGGCCUUUUGUAUCCAGGACUUCAAGCACUUGACGAAGAAUAUUUAAAAGUCGAUGCCCAGUUCGGUGGCGUUGAUCAACGUAAAAUUUUCACUUUCUCCGAAAAAUACUUGCCUCAACUCGGCUACGAGAAGAGGAUACAUUUCAUGAAUCCAAUGGUUCCGGGCUUGGCUGGUGGUAAAAUGUCAUCGUCGGAGGAGGACUCCAAAAUAGAUUUACUGGAUAGUGCGGCUAAUGUAAAGAAGAAGCUGAAGAAAGCGUUCUGUGAGCCAGGAAAUAUUGCUGACAAUGGACUGUUGUCAUUCGCUAAGCAUGUUCUGUUUCCACUGUUUAAGGAAAAUGAAGGCUUCACCGUAUCCAGAAAACCUGAAAAUGGUGGAGACGUCACCUACAAUACAUACCAAGAAUUGGAAACAAGUUUUGCUGAAGAGAAACUACAUCCAGGCGAUUUUAAAAUAUCCGUCGAAGGCUACAUCAACCGCUUGCUAGAACCUAUUCGAAAGGAAUUCACCAGUCCGGAGCUCAUUGCACUCACGGAAAAGGCCUAUCCACCACCAGCCAAAGUCAACAAAAAUGCACCGAAGCAAGAAAAUCCAGCGGAAGACGGUCCACAUCGCUUAGAUAUUCGAAUUGGUAAAAUUGUCGACGUUGCAAUGCAUCCGGAUGCUGACACACUAUAUGUGGAAAAAAUUGAUCUGGGUGAAGGCGAACCACGAACGGUGGUUAGUGGACUGGCGAAAUUUGUCCCGUUAGAAGAAAUGAAGGAUCGAAAUGUGGCAGUUUUGUGCAACUUAAAGCCGGCGAAAAUGAGAGGUGUUGAAUCUAAAGGAAUGGUGCUGUGCACGUCGAAUGAAGAUCAUACGGUCGUUGAACCUCUCGUCAUUCCCGAUGGAUGUAAGCCAGGUGACCGAAUAUUUGUGGAAGGUAAUCAAGGCACUCCUGACGAUCAACUCAAUCCCAAGAAAAAGGUGUGGGAGAAAUUGCAAGCUGAUCUGAAGACGAACAGCAAUGGUGAAGCGACGUGGAAAGGAUGCUUUUUAUUGACGCCCAGUGAAGAGAAAAUAACGAGCAAAUUAUCCAAUUGUUCGAUCAAAUAAACGAAAUGUUUUGUGAAUGAAUCGACAGCUUUUGCAAAUACA